CAGGGAGAAUAUUACAAAAGCCUUUUCGACAAAAAGAAAACCUGUUGUGACCUAGAACGGGCUGCCUGCAGGUACAAUGUGUCAACAUUAUUCUAAACUGGGUGACAUUAAACUUUUAUUCAAGAGGGCUCCUUAGCGUGAGAUGUGGGAAGCUGUAGCUCUACAGACAAAGGCAAUAUUUAGUGUCAAAGGAGUUAAGAGGCAGUUCACACCCGGAAGCGCAGCGAGAGUGUUUCAGCUCUAUUCCAAAAAGCAAUAAACCUCCUUCUUUGUUCCAAGACUGAUAUACAGAAAACUCCAUUCAACUGCGUCAUCUUGUCAUUCUCAAUUCGAGGCCUCUUUGAAAGCAAAGGUAAAUAUUUAUUGAAUAGCCUCUGGAAGUGUACAAUUCCUACCUCCAGCCCCCACCUGUAACCCAAACUUGCAUUCAGGUCGAUGGAAGAUAGAAUGCCUGAAAUGAAACUCGUCACAAGCGAUUCACAUGAUUUACAAUAUCAUUAUUUACUUAAUGCUUGCGAAACCACAUUCUGAGAACAGAUUAGUUCAAUAUUACCUUGUAAUCCAAAAAAAAUAGUGUAAAAAGCAAGCAAGAAAACAGUUAUUACAAUGGUGUCGAGAAAGCUUCUGUACAUCCUUUUUGUGAUGGCUACAUUAUGGGUUGGUAAACUGGAAACAACAGUAGUUAAUAACGAAACAAAUGUUCAAGAUCAGUUUUUGGGUGUGAAGACCACUGAAUCUUUAACUAGCACCGGGUUGUCUAAUGUAGAAGGUACUACAGUGGCUCCCCUGGUGAGCACAAGACACGUUACGUCUAACUCCAGUGACAGUCAACAAAACAAUACAUCGUUAAGCAGCCCAGCAUUGUCUGUUGUGACCACAGGCAUGUCCAGUACAAAACGUCAGGGGUCUAUUAAUGGAACUUUUGGACCAACUUUUUCCACAAACGCAGCAAAUCCCACCUCAAUCUCUUCAUCGACUACAUUGCUAACUGGAUCACCUACAACCAUAAGUACGGAAAGCGAAACCACCACCUUAACCACCCCUUCUGAAGAAUAUUCAAGUACAGAAAGUAAAUACACCACAUCAAACCUAACUGAAGAAAAUUCCACAUCCCAAAAUAACACUGCAGUUACAUCUUUCAAUGGAACACUAGCUUCUAAUACAAGUGGAGCAAGAUUAACUUUAACGCAUUCUGAAGCCAUUUUGACUUCUGUCUUCAGCAUAAUCCUUGCUUUUGUUGCCUUGGCCGUCCUUAUCUAUAUUGUCAGGAAACACAGUAGAAGGAUAUCGCAGUACUCUCACCAUCCUCUCCACGAAACGUCAAAUGAGCCAGAGGAGAGAUAUUUGCCACCCGAGGAUACACUUGUGAUUUCUGGAGGAUUAUAUGAUGCUCCCCGAAUUUAUAAUCCUAACAUGAGCGUUUUAGAAGAAGAGGAGGUUCAGCAUGAUUAUGUGUCUUUUGGAAGACCUGGACAAUUUAGACUUGAGUUCUUGCCAGGUGACAAGGAAAUAGAUUCUACUCAUGAUGGUUCUUUGCAUGGACCUUCUCAUUCUCGAGCCAGGAAUGUCUGACAUCAUGAAAUUCACUGAUGGCCAAAACCUACCACCAACACUCAUUUGUGCAUGAGUAUCUGUGCAUCUUAUUUUAUAAACCUAACUAUAGGAUAGUUACUGCUUAAUAUUGUAACUAAAAAGAUAUACUAGCAGGAGGUUGCAUUGUUGGAUAUUAAAGUGUAAUCCACAAAAUCAAUUCCUCUAAUGUAUCAAAUUAUCUUCAUAUCUUAACAUAUCUGAUCUAUAAAUGCAAUCGUUUGUUUAGCUCUUAAACUACCACGUGAUGGGCCAAUUGUCUUAUGUAUAUCAAUACACUGAAGUGCCUUGUUAUUCUUAAAGGGAAUGUCAGCCUUCGAUAAUAGAAAAUCUAAAGUAGAGGUAGAUUUUUAAAGUAGAGGCUAAGCCUGCACAUGAGCCAUCCUACCAGCCAUUGCCAGGAUCCAAAGAAGUUUUAGUCAGUUUGGCCCUAGCUGAUGCGCCUUUCCUCUUGACAGGCCAGGCUGAGUAAGAUGCUAAAUACACCAUUUCAAAGACACAAGCACAGGUUUGAGCUGUGGGCCAUUUCUCUAAGCAAGGGUACGUAGGAAGCUAUGCAGAAACUGUACAGUAGCGUUACAUUUUGAUGCUAUAGAACACUUUUUUAGAAGCAGCAUAUACCAGAAAGAAGUAGAGGUGCUUGCCUUUCAAACACUGCUUUUAUAAUAUGGAAAUGCACAUUUUUAGGAUAGAAAGAACUUUAAAACUAUUUUUAUGGCAGUUUAUCUGCAGUUGUUGUCCUAAAACCAAUGAUGAGAAAGUACUUUGGUACCUUACUGCCAAAAAAUAGCCUGUUGGCCUGAUAGUAAUUCAUAUCCUAAAGUGCCUAUUAUGAGGUGAUGAUAUUACAUGCUAAUAAUUUUGCUUACUGA